AUGGCGCCGCAGCUGGCGGCCUCGCCGGCGCGCCCGGCGGCGGACGUGUACUGCUGCUCUCCGCGGGCCGCCCGGGAGCGCCCGUGCCUCACGCCGACCCAGGGCAGCACGGCAGCGCCGAAGAGAGGGAGCUUCCUGCGCCGCAUCGUGCAGGCGGGGCUCCCCGGGCGCAGCAAGUCGCACGCGGGGCGCAGGGACACCGCGGCGCAGUCCUCCGCGUGGGAGGUCGACGGCGACGCCGGGAGCGUCCCUGUCGGGCCGGAUGCAAGGCGCGACAGCGACCCUAGUAACAAGGUGGAGGGUGCGGGGACCCGGGCGGCGCCGCUCCCGGGAGAGCUGCACGUUGUGGGCUUUGGGCGGAGAGGAGCGGCCGCGCUGGCGUCGCUCGACGGCUGGGACCGGCUCGCCGGCGCCGCAACGUGGUACUUCGAUACGGAAUUGCCGAAUUCGUCGAUGACGAUGCCGCGAGACGCGGAGUUCGUGCAGGUGACGCCCGGCGCGGAGCCGCUCGUCGCCGACGCGGCCCUGGACGCGUUGACCGCGAAGCCGGCCCACCUGGCCCAGGACGACCAGCGCCGCGUCCGCAUGAUGCUGCCCUCCAAGUCCAACCCCUUCGGCGGCUUCCUUUUCCUCCUCGGCGCCGCAGGCCACAUCCCAGGGGGCAACGAGGUCUUCGUCCGCGUCGCGCACGCCGCGGUCGCGGCGGGCCGGACGGUCGUCGCCGCGCUGACGUCGCCGCUAGGGUUCGAGGGCAAACAACGCGCGGCCGCGGCGCAGGAGCUCGUCGCCGCGCUGCAGGACGCCGGCGUGCGCGUCGUCGUCGUCGAGCAGGAGGCGCUCGUGCGCGUGGGCGCGUCCGGCGACGCGGGCGCGGGGCUGACGGUGGCGGCCGCGUCGGCGAUCGCCGACACGGCGCUGAGCCAGGCGCUGCAGGUCGUCGUGCACGCGAGCCUCGCGGAGGACCUCAUGUCCGCGUCCCGCGGCGCCGUGAUGUGGACCGCGCGCCACGGCGGCGCGGCGUCCCGCGGGGUGCAGGUGCCGGGGUCGCUGGCGCGGGUGCUGCGCGGGGAGGGGGGGGUGUCCGCGAUCGGGAAGGGCGCGCUCGCGGCGCGCCCGGGCGCCGCGGCGGACCCCGCGGAGGAGGUCGCGCUGCUCGCGGCGGAGGCGGUGCGCGCUGCCGCGAGCGGGCCGUUUCUGGACGGGGUGUUGCCGCAGGCCACCGCGGUGGUGUGCGCGCUGUCGCUGCCGAGCGCGCACGAGCGCGCGUUCGAGGGGGGCGCGCUCGUCGUGCGGCCGCGCGCGGAGAUCGAGGAGCGCGGCGGGGCGCGGCGGUACGCGCAUGCCGCGACCAAGGCGGCCGGGAGGCUGCUUGCGGCGCUGGGGGCGCCGGGGAUGGAGGUGGUGGUGUGCGCGGAGGCGCGGACGUGGCAGGAGGAGUGCCGGGGGAACUUCGGGGACGGGACGGUGGAGGCAACGCUGCUCGUGACGGCGCCGCAGGGUGCCGCGGCGGCCGGCGCCCGGGGGGGCGGGCACGCCGGCAAGGCGAAGAAGAAGCCGCGGCGCAGGAACACGGCGGACAAGGCGCUCUGGGGCGCGAUGUCGGCGCUCGCGGGCGGCACGGCGCCCCCCGCGGAGCCUGCGACGCGCACCCCGGCUCCGGAACCCGCCCCGGCCGCCGAGCGACCCGCCGCAGCGCCCGCGCCGCCGCCGGCCGCGGAGCCCGCGAAGCGGAAGCCGCGCGGCGGGCCGUCGAAGCCGAGAGCGCGGCAGCCGGCGCGCGAGGCCCCCGCACAGCCGGCGACGCCGCGCACCCACGCCCCGCGGUCAGCGAAUCGGAGGCCCCGGGGGUACGAUUUCGUUCUGCGCAGCCGGGAACCGUCGCCGCCCGCUCCGCCGGCGCCGCCGGCGGUGCAGGAGGACGCGCCGGAGCUCCCUGCUGCUGCGCUGGACGACGUCGACAUCGAUCUCCUGUGGGACGAGGGGGCUAUCGAGAUCGUGGACCUGUCGGCGCGGUCCCCGGAGGAUUUCUGGAGCUUCGACGAGCCUGACACGGGCGGGGGCGACCUGCCGCCGCAGGCGGCGGCGUGGCGGGAGCAGAAGCGGCGCGAGCAGGAGGACCGACGCGCGGGGGUGCAGGCGGGCGUGCUGCGGGGCCUGCUGGGGCGCGGGAACGGCGGCGCGCGGCAGCAGAGCUUGAAGGACCGGGUGCGUGGCGCGCUGGACGGGGACCGCGAAAAGCGCGCGGGCGGCGAGGCAAACACCAACUGA